AUGUAUGAACGCCACAAGAGGCGAUACAGCCUGUGCGACAUCUCCAAGGUGGACAGGACUGUAGAUGUGGUGUUGUUAAAGAUAAACCGUGAAAGCUGGUGUUCGCUGGAGCCAUGUCCCAAUUCUUCCCUGCUGGAACGCAAGCGGACGCCGGAGUCUCCAGAAUGUGAGAACUUCUUGGAGGAUGGGCUGAGCAGCGUCUGUGCCUCGUCACAGGGCGUCCUUAAAAGAGAGUCCGGGAGCGAGUCUGACCUCUUCCCCUUGCCCGGUGAUGGGAUGGAAGACCUUGUCUUCGGAAAGCCUGAAGAGGAGCAGUCUGUGUGUGAUGUCACCAGCUCCAGUUCCUCUGCGGAUGACACCAUGUCCCUGGAGAGGAACUCAUCUCUGGGCAGCGACACGUUCCUUCCCUUCCCGCCAAUGGUGAACUUUGGCCAGCCCAAGGACAGGCACAGCCUGGAUGGCAGCUGCACCAGCAUGGUGGCUGCCGAGGGUGGAGAGAAGGAAGAGGAGCUGGACAGCAUCACGGAUGUGCCCGCUCAUUCCUCCGUCUUACGAAACUCCAUGCGGCCGCUGUCACCGUUCCGUCGACACAGUUGGGGGCCAGGGAAGAACGCCACCAACGAAGCAGAAAUCAAUCAGAGGAGUUACAGCCUAGAAGGCCUUGCUGGAGAGUCUGGUGAGAACAAGAAGCCCUCUACAAACUUGGAGGCUUCUUCUCUGAGCUCCAAAGACCUCAGACGGAGUCCGCUUACCAGCAGUCAGUGUGGGUCCCUGGCCUUGCUCACUGAAGAACUCAAACACGGGGAAAUCAGAGACUACAAUCACCAGAUGCAUCAAACAUCGCAGCCGCAAGGAUUUAAUUUCUGUUCUUCCUCUGUUGCAUCUCCACUGACCAAAUCUAUGUCUCUAAUGUCAAUUAGUAAACCAGUGCUGGACAGUACACAGGCGUUCAGCGGCCCCGCGGGUUCCUCGGUUCAGAGUAUAUCUGAAGAGAGCAGCAGUGUCCCCACUGGUAAAGGUGCAACAAAAGUCAGUCGCACCUUCAGCUACCUCAGGAAUAAAAUGUCCAGCAGCAAGAAGAGCAAGGAAAAAGAGAAAGAUAAGGAGAAGACUAAAGAGAAGGACAAAGAAUGCAAGGAGAAGGAAAAGGAUAAGAAGCUGUUAAACGGACAUCUCUUCAGUGCGACCUCCGUUGUAGCCCAAGCAACCUGUUACCACUGUAUGAAACCUUUCAACAAGGAUUCGUACUACUGUGCAAACUGCAGUGCAAUUGUUCACAAAGGCUGUAAGGAGAGUUUUGCUUCUUGUGCAAAGGUCAAAAUGAAGCCACAGAAAGGGAUGUUGCAGGCACAUGAUACCUCUUCGUUACCCACAGUGACCAUGAGAAACAAAACCUCACAACCGAAGGAGCGCCCUCGCUCUGCAAUACUUGCGCCUGAUGAAAGCACCGUAACCUCAAUAUUCAAUAACAGGAGAUCCCAACAGACUACAGUACUUUCAAAAAGUGUCUCAAUACAGAACAUUGCUGGAGUUGGGAACGAUGACAGCUUGAUACACACUUGGAAAUUCCUGUCGCAGUCAACAGACUCCUUACAUAAAAUCAGCCGGGUGAAUGAAUCCAUGGAAUCACUGGUUGAUGAAGGUGCGGACAUGAAUGAAGGACAGCUGAUGGGAGACCUGGAAUUAGAUUCCAAGCAGCUGGAGGCAGAGUCCUGGAGCCAAGUAGUGGACAGCACGUUCCUACAGCAGCAAAACAAAGAUGUUGUCAAACGGCAAGAUGUCAUUUAUGAGCUGAUGCAGACGGAAAUGCAUCAUGUCCACACCCUGAAGAUCAUGAACGAUGUAUACAGUGCAGGGAUGUUAAAGGAACUGCAAUAUGAUCAACAAGUCGUGGACAAGAUCUUUCCCUGCCUGGAAAACUUGCUGCACAUCCACAGUCACUUCUUCCAGAGGAUUCUGGAAAGGAAGAAGGAGUCAUUGGCAGACAAAAGUGAAAAGAACUUUGUUAUCAAGAGGAUAGGUGACAUCCUGGUGAAUCAAGUAAGCACUGGAAAAUGCUUGCACUUUUGAGAGGUAAAUGGCAAAUUCUGCGGACAUCACAAUGAGGCAGUAAAUAACUUCAAAGAUCUGUACUCGAAGGACAAGCGCUUCCAGGCAUUUGUCAAGAAAAAAAUGAGCAGCUCCCUGGUGAGACGUCUUGGGAUUUCUGAAUGUAUCUUGUUGGUAACACAGAGAAUCACAAAGUACCCGGUUCUUUUACAAAGGAUACUGCAGUACACCAAAGAAAAUGAAGUGGAACAUGAAGACUUGACUCAGUCAUUAAACCUCGUUAAAGAUGUAAUUGCUGCAGUGAAUAGCAAAGUCAGCAAUUAUGAAAAGAAAAUGCGUCUUGGUGAGAUUUACAACCGGACGGAUAGCAAGUCCAUCAUGAGGAUGAAGAGUGGCCAGAUGUUUGCAAGAGAGGACUUGAGGCAUCGGAAGCUCAUCCGAGAUGGGCCUGUUUCACUAAAAAAUGCAGCUGGACGGUUAAAAGAAGUCCAGGCUGUUCUCCUCUCUGACAUGCUCGUAUUCCUUCAGGAAAAGGACCAGAAGUAUGUCUUUGCCUCACUGGACCAGAAAUCCACUGUGAUCUCUCUGAAGAAGUUAAUCGUACGAGAAGUGGCUCAUGAAGAGAAGGGUUUGUUCCUGAUCAGUAUGGGUGUAAAAGAUCCUGAAAUGGUGGAAGUCCAUGCCAGCUCCAAAGAAGAGCGCAACGGCUGGAUACAGAUCAUUCAAGACACAAUGAACACCAUGGACAAGGAUGAAGACGAAGGAGUCCCUUGUGAGUCUGAGUUUGAAAAGAAAGUGUCGGAUGCGAAAAUGAGAGCGCUGAAAGAACAACUUCAGCAGAAGGAUAAGCAGAUCCUCCUCUUGCUGGAGGAGAAGGCUAAGAUCUUCCGGGACAUGGGAGACAGCUCUGUGCAAGAGGACAUGCCAAUUUCCAGGCUGCUGUUCAGAGCCAACACGGAAGAGGCACCAAAAGGAGAGGCCAUUAUGAAAACUGCAAUAAAUGAAAUUGAACUGCUGCAAGACCUGGUGAACGGGAGCCUGGGCACUGCCCUCGGGCAGCAGGUCAGCUCCACUGGCAUGGAACAAGAAGGAGGAGUUGGCCCCAUCUCUCUCCCUAGAAGGGCAGAAACUUUUGGAGGAUUUGACAGUCAUCAGAUGAGCGUCUCCAAGAGUGGAGCGAAAGAUGAAGGCGAUGAUGCUCAGGACCUUCGGAGAACAGAGUCGGACAGCAUUUUAAAGAAGGGUGGAAAUGCUAAUCUGAUGUUCAUGUUGAAAAGGAAUAACGAGCAGGUCCUCCAAACCAUUACCAGCCUCCGUAAGCUGCUCAGUGCUUUGCAGGGUGUCGUGCUGCAGCAGGACACCUACAUCGAGGACCAGAAGCUGGCUCUGAGCGAGAGGGCUCUGAACCGAGGCUUCUUCCGGCCAACGUCGCUGCUGGAGCAGGAGAAGCAGCGCAACCUGGAGAAGCAACGCCAGGAGUUGGCCAACCUGAAGAAGCAGCAGACACAGCACCAGGACGAGAGACGGAGGAGAGAGAAGGAGUGGGAAGUCCGGGAGAAGGAGCUGGCGGAGCAGGAGGCCCUUGUGGCCCAGCGAGAGGAGCAGGUCCGGAAAGGAUGGCAGGAUCUCGAGCGGGAGCGAGAGGAGCUGCAGGUGAAGAAGGCCUCCUACCAGCUCGACCUGGAGAGGCUUCGCAUGGCGCAAAAGCAGCUGGAGAGGGAGAAGGCUCAGUUGAAGCAAGACGUGGAGCGAUUAGCUCAAAUGCGGCAGGAGCCUGACCACAACCAGGUUUCAAAUCUACAUGAGAAACUUGCAAGAGUCUCCUCCCAGUCCAGCAUCGAUGACUCCUCCAAACAGAAGAGCCCUUCCCUUCCUAAACAAGGGCACUUUGAUGCGGAACUGUCUGUCUCCCCUAAAAGGAACAGUCUUUCAAGGACACACAAAGAGAAAAGCACUUUCCAUUUGCUUAGCACAACAAACCAGACUAACAAGGCAGCUGAGGAACAACCACAGAUGCCUACCCGCCUCUUCAGUUUAGCCAAACCAAAGGAGAAGAAGGAAAAGAAGAAGAAGGGCAGGGGACAUCGCUCCCAACAAUCUGAUUCUCACUCAUCAGAAGCACCUCCAGAGGGUGAGGAGAUCUUCUGCUGAGCACAGACGGUUCCAUCGGUCACUCUCAGCAUUGGUACAGUGGACAUCUCCCUACCCACUCCACAGCACGCUGCUGGUGCCUGCAUCUGACAAGCAUCUGGAGGUUUAAAUAAAACAUGUUAUGAAGUCUGUUAAGUGGUGGGAAGGGGCCUCUCUCCUGUGGUUUUCCGUGAAUUCUCGCCACAGAGGCUGACUGCACGGCAAAUAUGCCAUCGCUCUGUGCAAACCUUGGGUUAAACGGAUUGGGAUGGAUGUUUUCUGUCUCCUCUUACUGCUAAAGGAUGAGAGAACAUAGCCUUAAGGGGUCUGUGCCUUCAAAUUCCCCUUUUCUGGGGAACUUAACCAAAACCAAGCAUUUAGCAAAAGAUUAGGACUCUACAAAUGGUGCGUACACACUGGCAUAUAUAGAUAUAAUGUAUAUAUACAUAUAUGUAUCUAUGUAUCCACUGGGAUAUGCUUACAGUCUGUACAGCCAAGCUUAGCUCGGCCCAUGGGGAUAGACGACACCUGAUGACUGUCAGGGAGCGUGUAGAUAUUAAAUAUCUUGCCCUUACUGCUCCAGUUGUAACGCCGUGGACUCGCACGGCCCUGCUGUGCUCAUGGCGU